AUGAUGAUAUCAGUCAAAUCUCGUUCUAAGAAAUUAAAAGAUUGUGAGAUCCGUAUCAAAUCUGACGAGACACAUGCUUUACAAGAUGUGCUAAAACAAAUCAGUAAGCAAAAUAGAGACAUUAGUAUCUAUAGGUUAAGACUAACUUAUAAAAAGGAUGAUAAACAUAUCCCAAUUAUGGAAGAUUCUUUUUUUAAAAGUGCCGACUCCAAUCUACAAUUAUAUGUUAAGGAUUUGGGUCCUCAAAUUAGCUGGAGAUUGGUGUUUUUGAUUGAAUAUCUGGGUCCAAUCUUAGUCCAUUCAUUGUUAUAUUAUUUCUCAAGUAUUGAGCAAAUUAGAGAUAAAUUAAAUUAUUCUUCAGACAAUUAUGAUCCAAAUUUAAACCAAAUUGUAUUUUUCUUGAUACUUGGCCAUUAUGUUAAAAGAGAAUUGGAAACAUUAUUUCUUCACAGAUUUACUUUAGCUACUAUGCCUCUAUUUAAUGUCUUCAAGAAUUCAUUCCACUAUUGGGUUUUAAAUGGUGCUAUUGGGUUAGGCUAUUUUGGUUAUGGUUUCUUAUUUUCCAAUAAUCAAUUAUCUUGGAUUUAUAACGCCAUGGGUCAAAUAAAUUUAUCCACUUUAAUUGGUCUAUUUGUCUUAAGUGAGACCUGGAAUUUCUACAUGCACUUGCAAUUAAGAGUCUAUGGUGAUCAACAAAUAGCCAAAGGUAACACCACAAAGAGAGUUCCAAUCAAUGAAGGUCUUUUCAAAUAUUUAGUGGCUCCAAACUACACAUUUGAAGUCUGGUCUUGGAUCUGGUUUACCAUAAUUUUUAAAUUCAAUAUCUUUGCUUUAGUGUUUUUACUGGUUUCUGCUACACAAAUGUAUCUAUGGGCUAUCAAAAAGAAUAAAAAAUAUGGUACCAAGAGAGCUUUCUUGAUUCCAUUUGUUUUUUAA